UUAGGCGCGGCAAAUGAGUAUUUUCGGAGUCCUCUUUCGGGGCCGCAGGGCGAGAAUUUCUUGUCGGAAUCGCCGCCGUUAUGGCCAGCCAGUCUCAGGGCAUCCAGCAGCUGCUUCAGGCCGAGAAACGCGCCGCCGAGAAAGUGGCCGAGGCCCGCAAGCGGAAGAAUCGGCGGCUGAAGCAGGCCAAGGAAGAAGCUCAGGCCGAGAUCGAGCAGUAUCGCUUGCAGCGGGAGAAGGACUUCAAAGCAAAAGAGGCCGCGGCGCUUGGCUCCCACGGAAGUUCAGCCACCGAGGUAGAACAGGAAACCCAGGAGAAGAUGGCUGUUCUUCAGGACAACUUCCAAAAGAAUCGGGAGGAAGUGAUAAACAGCUUGCUGAAUUUGAUCUUUGACAUCAAGCCUCAAAUCCAUUCAAACUAUCGGAUCAACGGAUAGACAAAUCUUUGGUCCUUCAGGAAAAUAUUCAGCAAUACCAGCUUUAGCUGCACCCCCUUUUUAUCAAGGUGCAUAACUUAAUUCCCAAGAGGUGUAGAUGAUCUCUUUCUCUUUCCCCCCCCUUUUUUUCCAUAAAGGUUUCUUGUUUCCCCCCUUUUGUAGUACUUUGGAAAUUUCUAUGUAGGCUGGUUCUGUGUGCAUUAUUUCAUAGAUGUGUAGCGUAGAAGGUUAAUGUCGGAUAAAUUGUACUGAGUAUUAAAGCAUCACUUUGAACCCCAAGAAGUAUUUAAAAGUCAGUAAAGAUAAGUGCCAGGCUGCUUUUCUGUAUCCUUAAAUUCCAAACUUAGUGGCUCUGAUACAAAUAAAAUUCUCUUCCUUGUAAAAAAAUAAACAAAAUAGGAAUUUUGUUUGCGGAAUGAAUAGUAUUUGGAUUGU